CAAGAAUCCUGAAUCCCACAUAGAUAUUUACACCAAACUCGACGAGGCAGCAAAGCCAGUAUGACGUAGUUCCUUGAUACAUUGAUCUCCAUUUCCUCCAUAGCUCUGAGAAUUCGAGUGGGAAAUGGCGUAUAAUCUCAGCUCUGCACCGGCGCCUCUCUCCCAAGAACCCUUGCUGCUUUGCAAGUCGCUGAAUCCUCGCCACAUUCUCCAAUUCGCUCUUAAACCCAAACCCUCCUAUCUCCCCCUCAGAAUCUACAAGCCCCUUCGUCUGCAGCUCACCCAAGUUUCCCAAAGCCCUUCAAAUUAUCAGCACCCAGACGAAAAGGUUUCGUCUUCAUCAAAGGGUUACGUCUGGAUCAACCCCAAAAGCCGCAGAGCGUCUAAAUUAAGGCAGGUUUCUUACGAUUCCAAGCACUCUUCUCUGCUGAGCAUUUCGCGAUCUUUGGAUUCUUGCAGCGCGAUUGAAGAGGAUGUGUCGAGUGUACUGUCUGCUCUGGGGGGUGACGCAGUAGAACAAGACGCUGUCGUUAUUCUUAACAAUAUGUCGAACCCUGAUACGGCGCUUCUGGUAAUGGAUUACUUCAGAGAGAGGAUGAAUUUUAGUCAGGAGGUAAUUCUGUAUAAUGUGACUCUGAAAGUGCUUAAGAAGAGUAAAGAUUUGAGUCGUGCAGAGAAACUGUUUGAUGAAAUGCUUGAAAGAGGAGUUAGACCAAAUAAAAUUACGUUCUUGACUAUUAUUAGCUGCGCGAGGAUCAGCUCUUUGCCGGAAAAAGCUGUGGAGUGGUUUGAAAAGAUGCCGGCUUUUGGGUGUCAGCCAGAUAGUCAUACUUAUUCGGCCAUGAUUGAUUCUUAUGGGAAGGCAGGGAAUGUGGAUAAGGCAUUGAGCUUAUAUGACUAUGCAAGGGCAGAACAAAUACAUAUGGAUGCCGGGACAUUUUGCACAUUGAUUAGGAUUCAUGCCGCAUCUGGGAAUUUCGACGGGUGCUUGAAUGUGUUCGAGGAAAUGAAGAAACUUGGCUCGAAGUUUAAUUUGGUUGCGUAUAACAAUUUGUUGGAUGCCAUGGGAAGAGCUGGUAGGCCGGAGCAGUGUAAGAACAUAUACAAUGAUAUGAUACAAAAUGGAUUCCAGCCAAGUUGGGCUACCUAUGCUGCACUAAUUCGGGCUUAUUGUAGGGCUCGCUAUGGUGGAGAUGCUCUAAAAGUGUAUAAAGAAUUGAAGGAUAAGGGAGUGAAGUUGAAUGUUAAGCUGUAUAAUACACUUCUUGCAAUGUGUUCUUAUUUGGGAUUAGUGGAUGAGGCGAACGGAAUUUACAACGAUAUGAAGGAAAUGUGCAAGCCCGACCAUAGGACAUUUUCUUUAUUGAUCACGAUAUAUUCUUGCUGUGGGAAGGUCUCGGAAGCCGAGGCCAUUCUAAACGAAAUGGUGGAAGCAGGGGUAGUACCCGAUAUUUUUGUUUUGACAUCACUAGUUCAAUGUUACGGGAAAGCAAAUCGUUCGGAUGAUGUGGUGAGGAUGUUUGAUCGACUGUCAAACUUAGGUUUGACUCCCGACGAGAGGUUCUGUUGUUGUCUUCUCAAUGUGUUGCAGCAAACACCCAAGGGAGAAAUGCAUAAAUUGGCUGCUUGCAUUGAGAAGGCUAGCCCGAAACUCGGUUACAUUGUGAAACUCCUAAUGGAGGAAGAGAAUGCUGAAGACGAGCUUUUCAAGCAGGAAGCUGCUGAACUCUUGAAUUCGAUUGGUACUGAUGUAAGAAAACCUUACUGCAACUGCUUAAUUGAUGUGUCCGUGAGCCUUAAUCGAUUGCAAAAAGCGUGUGAGUUGUUAGACCUCGGUAUAACACUCGGUAUCUACACUGACAUACAAUCCAAAGAACCUGCUCGCUGGUCUUUGCAUCUUAAGAGUCUGUCCCUUGGGGCAGCUGUAACCGCAUUGCACAUUUGGAUGAACGACUUGAACAAAACAAUUGAAAAUGGCGAGGAGCUUCCAUUAUUACUUCGGAUCAAUACGGGGCGUGGGAAACACGUAUAUAGUGAGAAAGGUUUGGCACAAGGGAUUGCGGCACAUCUAAGGGUCCUAAAUGCUCCGUUUCAUGAGGCGCCGAAUCUGGCCGGAUGGUUUUUGGCGACGAAUAUUGCAGUUACAUCAUGGUUGAAAUCUAGACAUUCAGAGAAGAUUGUUGCUGCUUAGGAGUUGGCUCUUUGUCAAGCUUAAGAUGGGAGUUUGUGCUUAUUUUGUUAGAAGGUUUAUAGCUGAGGUGUGAACAUUUAUUAAAAAUUUUCUUUUUCUGUGGCUUUAAGCUAAUUCUCUAGAUAUAGUUAGUUUUGUGUAAUCUUAAAUCAUAGAACCUUAGUCUAGUGGUAUUAGUUUAUAACUCUAAAUACAUCACAGAUUCAAUCUCCAACCA